CCUCCGAAGCUUUGAGUCUAAAAUUGAAAAGUGAAAAUGUCAGCAAUCGCCGGCGAAUCAUCGGGAGAAAUUCCGACGGGAAACCGUGCGGAAACGAAUGUAACCGAGAAUAUUCCGUGGACGGAUUACGCUUUGCAGCAAGCGCAAAUUGCACAGAAGACAAUCGAGAGCACUGUUGAGAACGCAAUCGAAGUCACCAGAUCGCGCGUUGAUCGGAUUCUCACCACCUCCUCCGCACAUUUCAAUCAAACCAUUGACUCUCUGCAGGAUUUAAAGUCUGAGUAUAACACAUAUGAGGAUAUUGCUUUUGCUAAGAUUAAAGAGGGUUUUCUUCUUGCCUAUUCGCACCCUUUGAUCACAACUGGAGUUGUUGUCGGUGUGGGAUCCCUGGGUCUGAAAAAAACCAGACAGUUUUUAACCUACAAGACAAUGCGCAUCUUCUUAAGUGAAGAGACAUUGCUUUCUAGAGCCGAUGCAAGAGUCAAGGAGUUAAGGCAAUCAAUUGAGCUUUUGAAGGGUGAAAGUGAAAAAUUAGAGAAAAGGGCAUUGCAAGCUGAAGAACACUUGGUCCGAGGAAGGACAAAACUCAGGCAAGCUGGAAAGCAAAUACAGGGUGCCAUUGCCUCGUCUUAUAAGAUAGAAAGGCAAGCAAGAGGCUUGAAGGACGCUCUUAGUGAAUUCCCAAGUAGAGAAGCAUCUCGAUUUCGAUCAGAAGUAACAAACCUUGCUAAAGAGGCAAAGAAAGAAAGAAAUGUUCUGUCCAAGGAAGUUACAAAGAUCAGCAACCAUGGGAUCUCGGUCUGAAUUUUUCGCCCUUUCUUCAAUGGGAUACGAAGCAUGUCUUAUCUGUUGUUGAAUAAAAUUUCACAUCAAAGCUGUGGCUCAGAAUAUACUCUGUUAAACAAAUACAGCCAAAAUUUAUAAGUAACAUACUAACUCCAGGCUGAAAUGUUUUUGCACAUCAAUACAACGGUUUCUUGUGGACAUUGUAAUGUGAAUUUCAGAAUCCUGAACUACUUUUAUUCAUUGAUUUACUUAGUUAUA